AUGAUUCUUAGAAGAACGAGAUGUUUACUACUAAUACUAAUCAUAUGCAUAAUUCACAUUAUUAUCUUGUCAUUAAUCAAUCUAAAUUCAUCAUUUAAAAACUACAUAAUUGAUAAUUUAACAAGUAUAAAUAUAUCAAAUUUAAGAAACUUGAUAAAACUAAAUAAAUUCAAGAAUAAUGUCAAUUUUGAUUUGAAAUUGGUUAAUUCAUUAGAUGAAAAAUAUACUAAACAACUUCCUACCAAUCCAAAUUUUUCCGAAAUUGACAUACCUUCCACAGAAUCAAUUUCCGAAUAUCAACCAUUUGAUCCAAGAUUUACACUAGGUCUUUUAUUAAAAUAUAUAAAUGAAAAUAAUAAUCAAAAUGGAGAUUUAGUUGUUCCUAAUUUUCACUGGGCUGAUUAUACCGAUAUGUCAUUAUUGGAGGAUCAAUUAUUUAAGGUUGAUAAAUUAAAUUGUGAUGUUUUUAACGUUAGGAGAAAAAGUCCAGAACGUAAUAGAUUAGAUGAUUUAAAAGAUCCAGUCAAUUACUGUAUAAAUGAUUAUGAAAUUGAAAAAGCGUUAACUAAUGAUAAUUUUAAAGAUGAAUUUAAGCAAAAUUUAUUAAAGUUGAAGGAUAAUAACUUAUCAACUGGGUUUCAUAUUCAUUCUUGGACAGGCAGAGCAAAAUCACAAUAUCGUCCAUUAAUUGCAAAAUCCUAUUUAAAUGAUUUUAUGACAUUACCUAAAACCAUAACAUUAUUAAUUCCAAGUGAUAAAAUGUUACAAUUGAAUGUAAAUCAAGAUGUUAAAACAAGUAAGGUGAAAAUUAAAGAUAGUGUAAUGUUUAAACCUACAACAGUCAACAUUAAAGAUGAAUUAUCAAAAUUGAGUUUAAAAUUGGGAUCAACUGAAUUUUCAUUAAAAUAUGAAAGACAUUUGAAAUAUAAUGAUUUUGUUGAUCAAAGUGAAGAUCUAGUGACUGAAUUAAAUCAAAAAGAGCUUUUGAAUAUCACAGAUUUGAAUUAUUUGCAAUCUUUAAAAUCUUCAUUAAUUAAUGAUAAUCCACCAAAAUAUUUUCAUGAAGCUAAUAUAAUUAAGAAGGAGAAAAAUUAUGGAAUUGGAGCUCAUUAUGAUUGGAGGUUCAUCAAUGGAAUUAUUAAUUAUACACCGAAGCAGCCACUUGCAAUACAUGCCUUGAUUAAAGCUUGGCUUAAAUUGACAAAUUUACAUAAUUUAAAUACUUGGGUUGCUCAUGGUUCUUUAUUAUCAUGGUAUUGGAAUGGUUUACAAUUUCCAUGGGACGGUGAUAUUGAUGUACAAAUGCCAAUAUCGGAUUUACAUAAAUUAUCGAGAUCAUUUAAUCAGUCACUAAUCAUAGAUUAUGGAACCAAUUCAGAUUUAAAAUUCGGUAGAUUCUUUCUUGAUUGUUCAACAUUUAUAUCUCAUAGAAGUAGAGGUAAUGGGAAUAAUAACAUUGAUGCUAGAUUUAUUGAUGUUGAUACUGGGUUGUAUAUUGAUAUUACUGGUUUGGCAGUUUCUGAAACUAAGGCACCAACUAGGUAUAAUAACUUAUUAAAAAAUACAAAUUUAGAUCGAAAUUCAAAAGAUGCUACAAUUACACAAUAUCAAAGGAAUUCAUACAUGCAAAUAUUCAAUUGUAGAAAUAAUCAUUUUCUAAAAUUUGAUGAAAUUUCACCGUUAAGAUUGAGUUUAAUUGAAGGUGAAUAUACUUAUAUCCCACUGGAGUUUGAAUUGGCUAUACUUUAUGAAUAUGGAGAUAAGAGUUUGAAGGAUACAAGUUUUAAAAAUUAUAUAUAUUUGCCGAAAUUAAGAUUAUGGAUCAAGAAAAAUUCAAUAAUUAAAUACAUGAAAGAGGUAAAGAAAUUACCUGAUGCUAAAAAUAAUAUUGCAAUUGAUUUAACUGAUGAUGAAUAUAUUGAUUUUUUGAAACUUGAAGAAGAUAAUUUAAUUGAAUAUUUAAAAGUUUCAAAUUUGACUCAAUUACAUCAGGAAGAAAUGUUUAAUUAUUUUGAUGGGAAACUGACAAGAGAAAUGUUUGAGAAGGAUUAUAGAGUAUCUUUACGAGAAGAUUAUUUUAAGUUUACAAAAUUUGAUGGUGAAUAUAAUUAUAAUAUUGAAUUAGGUAGGAUCAAAUCAAAAAUUGUGGAGUAUGAGAAAGAACUAAAAAAUAAACAAGAAAUGAUGAGAAAUGAUAAACAAGAAAUGAUGAAAAAUGAUCCAGUAGACCAAAGCAAAUACCAAUAUUAG